ACUAGCUUGGUAUGACAUUAAAAAAUACAAAUGUACCAAUACAAUUGUUCGUAAUCAUAAAAAAUGUAUUUUAACACAAUCACACGUAGAAAAAAUAUUGCUCAAUUGUGGUAUUUACUUGAAAGAAUUGAUUCUUUCAGAAGUUUGUGAUUCAAGUAUCAUGCCAGUAAUUGUUGAAUAUUGCAAAAAUUUAACAACACUUGAAUUUGAAAUUGACGUAAAUAAAAAUGAUUGUUAUACUGAUCGCUCUGUUGAAGCAUUCACACAGUUAAAGCAAUUGAAAGUCGUUAAAAUACAUAUACAUGAAUCUAGAGAUAAAUUUCAAUUUAAAAUACUGAAUAGUCUUCCAAAAGAUAUAAAUGAAAUUCAUUUAUUUAUUAGACCCUUUGAACAGGCAGAAGCAUGGUUUAUGAACCGAAUUUUCCCUUGUGGUGAUUCACCAUCACUUUUCUCUUUGAGAAAAUUUACCAAUCUUCGAAGUUUGACAAUACGUUCUUACAAUAUCACCGAGAUUAUUCGAGAAAUAUCAAAAAAAACAACACUUGUUUAUCUCGAUCUCCAAAAAUGUACGACUAACCAAGCGAAUUUUACAUUCAAUCAACUUAUAAACUUGGAACAUCUCAACGUGAGGGACGUAUCCUUCACUUGGUCUAACCCAAAUCUACUCAGUGGUAUUUUUAAUACAUGCAAAAAUCUAAAACAUCUUGAUGCACCAGAUUUUCAUGUUGAUCUAGCUAAAAUUAAAAUGGAAAACUGGGUAAACUUGAGAAACUUGGUAUAUCUAAAUAUUCGCUGGCAAGCUAGUGAUGCAAUAAUCAAAAAAAUCAUCAAGUAUUGCAAUAAUUUAGAAUUCAUAAAUACCGAUACAUUGAAUAGUGAAUCUAUUAUAAAAUUGACACAAUUAGAAAACCUCAAUUAUUUAAAAUUUGAGAAGACAAAUAAUAUCAAUAAUGAAGUAAUGGUUGCAAUUUUAAAUAAUUGUAAAAAACUUAAACAUCUGGUAAUUCAUGGAGAUGAUAGAGUGGAGGCAUCAAUUUUUGAUGAUUUAUUAAAAUUGAAAUAUAUUGAAAGUUUAAAUUUGGCAUGUAAUUUAAAUAUUGGACCGAGUUCGAUCACUUCAACUGCUUAUGUUGCUUUAACGAGCUUGAAAAAUUUGAAAAAACUAAAUCUUGAAUGGAACUCUAAUGUUGAAGACAAUUUUAUUGUCAAAUUAAGAGGAAUAAAAAGUUUAAAUUGUUCUGGAUGCAGAAAACUUACCGAUGCUGGUGUCAUUCAAUUUAUAAAAAAUAAUCCAGAUCUUGAAUUUCUUGAUAUCAGCUAUAUCCCAAAAGUUACAAUUGACACAAUCAUUGCUGCAGAAGUGGCAGUUAAAAAUCGUACAAAUGAUACUUUUUUGGCUAUAAAAACUCGUGAUCCAGUUCUGAAAGAAGCUUGCAUUAAAUCUCAAUGGUUAACUUGUGAUUAGAAUGGAAUUGGAGUAUUUUUUUUUCCUCAGCAGUAUUUACCCAUAAGUCAGGAUGACUACAAAGAGGAUACUUUUUGAGAAAGACCAACAAGUCUCUGCAGAUGAUGUUGACGAGAAAAUGGAUCUCAUCAACUCUCUUGAUAAUGAUUCAUUAGCACAAAUAUUCAUGCUGCUGCCAAUAUCUGACAGAAUAACUGUAGAUCAAGUUUGUUCUAAAUGGAAAGAGGCCUGUCAACUAGCUUGGCAUGACAUUAAAAAAUACAAAUGUAGCGAUGCAAUUGUUCGUAGUUAUGAAAAAUGUAUUUUAACACAAUCAUAUGUGGAAAAAAUAUUAUUUAAUUGUGGUAUUUACUUAAAAGAAUUAAUUCUUUCAAAAGUUUGUAACUCAAGUAUCAUGCCAAUAAUUGCUGAAUACUGCAAAAAUUUAACAACACUUGAAUUUGAAAUUGACGUAAAUAAAGAUGAUUGUUAUAGUGAUCGCUUUGUUGAAGCAUGCACACAGUUGAAGCAAUUGAAAGUCGUUAAAAUACAUGUAACUGGAGAUAAAUUUCAAUGUCAAAUGCUGAAUAGUCUUCCAAACGAUAUAAAUGAAAUUCAUUUAUUUUUUCCUCAUGAAUCGGCAGAAGUAAUAAGUAUGAACCAAGGCGUAUGUAUGUUCGUUUGUUGUUCAACUUAUUAUGUAUCGCAAUCACUUAUUAUCUCUUUAAACAAAUUUACCAAUCUUCGAAAGUUGACAAUACAUUCUUCCAUUAUCAGCAAUAUUAUUCAAGAAAUAUCAAAAAAAACAACACUUGUUUAUCUCGAUCUCCAAGAGUGUACGACUAUUAAUAAGAUUUUUACAUUCAAUCAACUUUCAAACUUGGAACAUCUCAACAUUAAAGACGUGUCUUUCAUGGAUAGUCAUUUGGAAAUUAUUCCAGAUCUACUCAGUGGUAUUUUCAAUGAAUGCAAAAAGCUAAAACAUCUUGAUGCACCAGGUUUUGAUGUUGAUCUGGCUGAAAUUAAAAUGGAAAACUGGGUAAACUUGAAAAACUUGGUAUAUCUAAAUAUUCGCUGGAAAGCUAGUGAUGCAAUAAUCAACAAUAUCAUCAAGUAUUGCAAUAAUUUAGAAUUCAUAAAUAUUGAUAAAUUAAAUAGUGAAUCUACUAUAAAAUUAACAAAAUUAGAAAAUCUUAAUUAUUUAAAAUUUGGGUUUACAAAUCUUAUCAAUGAAGAAGUAAUGGUUGCAAUUUUAAAUAAUUGUAAAAAACUUAAACAUCUGGUAAUUUAUGGGUCUAAUACAGUGGAGGCAUCAAUUUUUGAUGAUAUAUCAAAAUUGCAAUAUAUUGAAAAUUUAAAUUUGGUAUUCUGUUGCAACCUUGGAGAUGGUGCUAUUGUUGCUAUUGCUGAAAAUUGUAGGCUAUUGAAAUGUUUGAAUAUUAAAAAUUGUUCCAUCACUUCAACUGGUUAUAUUGCUUUAACGAGUUUAAAAAAUUUGAAAGAACUUAAUGUUGGAAUAAACGAUAAUGUUGAAGACAAUUUUAUUGACAAAUUAAGGGGAAUAAAAAGUUUAAAUUGUUCUAAUUGCAACAAACUUACUGAUGCUGGUGUCAUUCAAUUUAUAAAAAAUAAUCCAGAUCUUGAAUUUCUUGAUAUCAGCAACACAAAUGUUACAAUCAACACAAUUAUUGCUGCAGAAGUGGCAGUUAAAAAUCGUAUAAAUGAUACUUUUUUAGCUAUAAAAACUAGUGAUUUAGAUCUUAAAAAAGCCUGCAUUGAAUCUCAAUGGUUAAUUUAUCGUUAGAAUGGAACAAAAUGAAAUUCGAGUAUUUUUUUCCUCAUCUUGUAUUUUUUCUACAAUUCUA